CGAUCGUGCGAGAUCCACGAUUUCAUUAGCCGGCCGCGAAGGUUAGAACGUUAGAAACGAAUGGAAACUUUCCUUCGUUCCUCCAUGCCGUAGGAAAAUCCGUGCACGCGGCUGCACACGCGAGCAGUUCCGUUUUGCUCGGAACUAAUCACGGAUUGGAAACAGCUCGUGACUUUCACCGGUGCACGCGAGUCGCGUCUGUGCGCGAGUGUGCGCGCGUUUUUCUUUAAUCGUUUCUCAACGUCGGCGUUUCUGAUAGAUCACGUGAUUUCACCGAGGCGACACGUGGCCCGUGAUCGUUAAAUCCGCUCGGCGAAGCUUCCACGACGAUUUCACGACGUUACGCACUUUAUAACGCCACUUCCGCCGCGAGCAUAAACGAAAUUAACGUUUCUCCGUGGCUCGCGCUUCCACCGGUGCGUCAAAGGAGAUCUCUUCCGUGAUAGUCGGACGCACCGCUCGCGAGUACGUUUCCCCUACGCGAUCAAUUCCCGCCGGGUUAUAAUAGAAGAAUCGCGCUAUUGUGUCUGUCGGGAAAUUCUAUAUGUUGUUACGAUUCCAAGAGGGAAAGGAUUUUGUUUGGAAUAAAAAGAUCGCCCGGCUAGAUAAAUUGUGUUGUAUCAGCGAGAAACGGGGGAAAAAAGGAAGGAAUGAUAGUAGUUGUGCUACUGUCCUCGAUCGACGUCAACGCCGAGAAGGAUUCGAAAGACGACGUGGACCUCAACGAACGUAAGGAAAGCAACGAGACGACCGUCGUCACAUCUAUUAAGAUCAACGACGACUCGUUUAGAAACAGAACGAAUAAAAUAUGGGAGAACCAAUUGGGAAAAAUUCGUGCGCUAUUGAAUAAUGGAAGUCGACAGAACGUCAGCAGGGAACUUAUGCUACCUAAAAGCGUGGACAUCGCGAAAGUUAUAUCCGACGAUGCCACUGGCGAUGAGGAAGGGUUGGAAGAAUUGCCCGAGCCUCAAGAACUGAAAAUCAUAAGGCCCAGUCUGCGGAAACGGCCUGGUUAUCGACCACCUCAAAGAAGACCAAGUUCCCUAAAUCGAAGAAAUGUCUAUGCAGAUCUGUCGAGAACGCCGCUAAUCCGACCACCCAGACGACCCACGGAAGUAAAACGGGAUCCAACAGAGAAAGAAUGUACUUUCUUCACAAAGACGGUUUGCCUCGAAGCAGCUGAUUAUCCACACGACGCGAUUGCGAGGAGUUUGCGAAGUAACAAGGAGAUGGUCACUGCUCUGUUGACCGAUUACAAGUCACAGGAUUUUGACGACUCUGGCGAAAGUCCUCCGCCGAUUGCAUUGCCUCUUGAGAACAAGUACGAGAAUCGAUACGAGAGCAAUGAGAUUAGGAGGAGAUCCGAUAUGAGCUCAUCGUUCGAAAAUGUCGAAGAAGGUUUCACGUGUCCAUCUGUUAUCAAGUAUGCACGGCCACAAUUGGCUAGAGCCGCUUCUGGUAUCUGGAAAUACAUAAUAAACACCGGCGAGCACACGCAAACUCUACGAUUAGAGAAAUGCACAAACCCGCAGGCGAGUUGUUCCUUCAUAUCGGAGAAUUAUCGAUCCUCCUGCAUGCAAGUGUACAAUUACCACAGGCUAUUAGCGUGGGACAACAAACUGGGCCUUCACAUGGAUAUUUUCAAAGUACCAUCCUGCUGUAGUUGUCACGUGCACGGUUACGCCGAGAUUUUUCCACCACAUCAAAAAGACCCACCGUCCCGGGUUAAGGAGUCGUUUCCUGGAUCUGAUUUCGCCACCACUGACCAGAAAGACGACUACGAGGACUCUCCUAAAUUAAACUAUUUGAAUAAGUACACGUUCGACUCUUCUCUCGGCUCGAGUAACAAGAAACCUAUCAUAGAAUCUACACCAAGUAGACCACCAUUCGUUCUUCCAGUGAGGACAAGAUCGAAGAAGCCUUCAUCUACGAGUUCGAGGCCGUUCGAUAAACUGCCACAGCAACAUGCACCAAAUACUAGAGCACCAGGAUACACUGGACCGUUAUUGAAAGGUUCUAGACCGAGCAGACCCAAUCGGCCACCGUAUAGGAGAGAAUCCAUAUCCCAUAUCGAGGAGCAAACCGCGGCUGCGAACAGUACGAUUUUAAAUAGAUACAGCCAACCGUACGAUUUGGAAAUGGACGCGACGUCGAGGCUACAAAACGGCGGCUUCGACGACGAAUACCAAGAACCACAGAGGCGUGUCAAUUACAAUUACCAUCCGAUUAUCGAUUUUUUCAGGCCGGAAGCGAUGAUGUUACAAUCGUCGGAGGCCUCGUCGACAUCCGAUCAGAACAAUUCCAACUCGUGGAAACCGUUGAUAGCGUCAUGAGCGUCGUUUCGCUUUUAUCCGGAGUACCUGAUUCGUUUCUUUCUUUUGCAAGGAAUCGAAAUUAUCGAAUGUUGAUCGUGUUUCAAUCGACCAUGCAGAUAGUAUUAUAAAGUAGAUAUACUAUUAUAUAUUUUGUCUUGUAGUUUCCUAGUUUAUUCCAUAAUCGUUAGUAUCCUCCAAUUUCUAUUCGUCCAUCACUAUACUUUUCAACAGAAAUCAUCAAGUUUCAGUAAGAAUUUACAGAAUCUGGUUUUUUUUGCUAUAUACAAAAAAAAAAGAAAAAAGAUAAUCGAUAAAAAUUUGUAGAUAAAUAUUAAAAGGUACGUAAAUAAAAAUAUUUAAAGUCAUUGUUAUUUAUUUCUCGACGUGACGCUACAGUAAUAAGUUAGAAAAAAUACAUAACAGUGUUAAGAAAUAAGAAUGUUUAAUCCAAUUUUGUUAAAAAUAUACUUCGUUAUGUACACAAUAUAGUGAAAUAAAUUGAACAGAGGAUACUAACGCAAUGCUUAAAAUUAUGGUAGCGGAUGUUUAACGCCUACGUUUAAAGUAUUACAACCACAAAGUUGGGCAGGUGCAAUUGCAAACACGUUACCAUCAAGUAACGUAGCGCGAAGUUUUGUGUAUUUAUUAUUCUGUACGUGUAUUAUUAUUUAUAGAUUAUCGUUAAUAUAGCGACAUUAACGUAAAAUAUCGUUAGAGAGAGAUGGAUUUUUAUGUUUCGCAAAUAAAUAAUAAUAGUGACUUGCAAAUGAAUAAUGCAACAGUGAUUCGAUCAUAACUUCUUGUUGCAGGUUCUUUACUUAACAGGAAUGA